AUUAUGGGUGCUGUAUACUAAAACUUAACAAUAUGUUACAAACAGAAUAAAAGCCGCUGUAUAAAUAACAUAAACUCUUUGGAAUGUUACAGAAAACGUUAAAGAUGUUCUUGUAAUGGUAAUUCUAUACGAGUAUAAUAAGAACAUCGGGUCUAAUAGGUUGUUAAUUAUUAGGGUAGUGUAUAUUUUCAUAAUAUAAAGAAUUUACACUUAUUAAAGAAGAAUAGAAAACGAUUAUUGUAAUUUAAUUUUAACUAAUGAAAGACUUCAAUCAUUAUUUUCGAUCAGUAAUAUUAGGCCUACAAAAACAUGUUGAUGUUAUUGUUCGUAAUUUUCCAAUGCAAUACAACACUGUUAGAAUAUUUAUUUCCAAUAGGUCUAAAAUGUUUUUUCUUGGUGACGAUUUCUUCAGCUCACUUCCAAUUUCAAGAAUACAAACUUGAAUUUUUAGGUUUAUUGGUUGGGAAUUGUUUGGUUUAAUUGGGCCUGGCGAGUUUUUCUCAAUUAAUUUAUACUUCAGAGAAGACAGUUAACAUAAUAGUUCCUUUCCUGAGACGGGGGAUGUUACAACGAACAUUGCUUACACAAUUAAAUUCUUGAAAUGUUUCGAUCUUUAUACUUGUUGUGAAAAGUCAUCUUCAGUCAACAGACUGCUCGUAUAUAAUACGUUGUUAACACAACAGACUAUGAACAACUUAGAUGUUCUAGGGUUCUAGGAGCUUCCAGAGAUCUGGUGUUUUAAUGGGUAGGUAUCUUCCAAAAACCGGCAAACUCCAAUCGCCGUGAGCUACAGUAUUUUGUAAUUUCUGGAGGCUAUAAUCUUCCAGAGGCCACUACUGGAAGUGGAAAACCAAUUUGGAAGGCGGUGAAAAGAUUCGAUUUUACAGGUUAUGAUUUGUACAUUUAAUACAAUGUUGUAUAAUAAAAAUAAACAAUUUUAUGUUGCAGUGAUAUCUAUACAGUAAACCAUAUAGUUUGUAGUGCAUGGGUAUAAAAUUAAAUAAUUAUAAAUUUCCCUCAUAACUGACAGUGAAUUUACAUAUCUCUAAUAAUUGUUUUUGGUACAACUCUAAUAACUAAUUCCUACGAGAAAUGGAACAUUAUACAUUUCCUUCAGGGAGCUGAUAAUAUUCCAAUUCUGGUUCACCAUUUCUGUACAAUACCAUUUCUGGUACAAUACUCAACAAUUAAUUACUAACUGACCAAUAAACAUUAACCAGAUCCUCUGGAGAGGGAGAAUCCUAUAAACCACAAGUUGUAGAAUUCUUCCUCAUUAUCCUAGUAUCGAGGAGACAAAGUAAGUGAUCAUUCUUUUUAAUUGGUCGUUAGCCGUUUAUUAUCUAGCCAGUAAUAGACUUUCCAAACUAUAAUGAACUUACCCAACUGUUUCUUCUCUACAGUAACUAAACUCAACGUUAACUCCUCCUGCUUAGUAACAUUUACAACUGAAUAAUAAUUCAUUUUACUUUGAAAUGUUAUCUUGGUUACAAGACGUGUCGCUUAGUGAAUUAUGUGGUUUGGUAUAAGAAAGCUUGUUAUUUUUGUUCAUUGAGUUAAAUAUUUGUUUGCUUGGAAAUAAUAAAAGGCUUGCUCCUAAAUUGGGCGUCUUAAAUAACGUACCCUUCACUUGUCGUGUUUAGUACGGCACGACAUAUUCUAGUAUUAGAAAUGGGAGAGAUAUCAUUAGUUAAAACAUUCAAACAAACAACAUUGUUAUCUUUGAGGAAUUAGAGUGUAGCGCACUGUUUAGUGGUCUUUGCAUUUUAGAUAUAGUUAGCUUAUGAAUACUAUUGUUGUGUCUUGUUUAUUUAAUUUUUAUUCUACUGAACCUUUGCUUUAAGGACAAAUUUAAAUCACAGUUAGAAAAAAUUAGAACUGAGUUGUUUCAUCUUCGUAUUGGUAGACCAAAAAUAGUUAAAAUUUGGAUUAGUGUUGACGCAAAUGUGGGGGGUUCCUUUAAAACUGAGAUUUAAACAGGAAUUAUUGUUUCAUCGAGAAGGAGAGUUGUACAAAGAGUACAUUAUCCGAUUAAAAUGAGUUUGCGGAAGAUAGUAUAACAUUUUCUUAACAAAAUAUGAGACAAACCAUUUAAGUUGUUAGUUGAGAAGACUUACAUGUUCAUGACAUUUUAGGAAAGUUUAGAAUAAAAUCUUUGCUCUAAAGUCGGAAGGGUUUUAAGUAAACAUGGUAAACAGGGAGAGAUUAUUGAAAUAUGUAUGGAAAAAUUACCUUAUGCUAAACUAACGGGAAUAAAUACGGUAGGGCAAGUGAAAAUAAAAUCUGAGUUAUUUACGGAAAUUGAGUUGGGGUCUGUCUGCACAGGUCACUAGGAGCACAUAAAACCGACAAAGCCUCUUCAGAGGUGGCCUCUACGUCAACAGUUAGCUUUAGCUUUAAAGGUUAAUCGUGUAACAUUUUCUGGUUCAAUUGAGGUUGUGUAUGAUAUUCCAAGGAAAGAGAGUAAACAACAAACAGUUAACUAAUUUUAAUCAGAGCCGGACGUUGCACCAUGAUAAAUGCUAAAAGUAGCCUUUGUGUGUCAUGAGCAAGGCGAGUGUGGUCUAUUAUCUUCACGUGGCUGUCCAGAUCUUAUCUUAGACGGGUGUGAAACUUUUCUUAGAAGUUUUGUAUAGAUAAUUAUAGAAAAACACAUAAACGGUCAUUCACAUUAUACUAAUGAAAGUAAUGUUGUAAGAGUAAAGGUGACUCAGCUUGUGAUCGACUUUCUGGAUUGAACACCAAUUAACUGAAUUGUUCUGUUACACGUGGUUCAUGGGUAGGUGUAGGUACGAGAUACUGUCACAAUCCCACUAUUAGCUAUAUCGUCCAUCUAUUUACACGAGUUUAUUUAACACUGACGCACAGUCAAUAAUUGUUAACACAAUCUCAACUGUCACGAUUACUAGUACAGUACUAAGUAUUACUACUAAUGCUCCAAACACUCCAUGGACUCGCUUAGUCGCUACAGCUCCUUAUGUGGCUAUUGACAUUCGAAUUCUAGAACUUUGUAACGUUUACGUACGCUUGUUAGCUGUUGAUCGAGAUUCUUGCCUGAUCAACCAAAAAUGUGACUUUGUACAUGAGAAGAGCCCCUGACGUGGCCUGGGUAGACUAAUAGACUAGGAAUUGCCCACCCACCUGCUUGGUCGCGGCAGACAUUCUAUCUGGCAUUGGUUUGGCUGACAAACUCUUAAGAUACACCAAUUGACCCUUCAUCCGUAUCGGCUGAUAAGGGUUGGCUGUUUACACUGGAUAUUGAAUAAACUGGAUACGUGCCUCUUGUGUGGAUGUGGUGAAAGGGUCACUCGAGCUAGAUCCUGUGUAUCGACAACUCUUAAGACGGAACCCUCUUCUUCUUCCCGAGAAUUUUCAGCAUUUCGCUAUUUCUGAGAAGAGGAACAAUGGAGAUGCCGGUUCCUGAUUGGCUCUCUUCUGAGUUUCUGAAAGAGUGUUUACAACAAGAGCAUUGCUACGAGGACGUAGAGAUUACCAAGUUCACUGCUUCACCAGCUAUAUCAGUGGGGGAGCAGUAUGGUAGCUACCCCAUUCGAGUUAAAAUAGAAUACAAGAAACAAAAAGGAAGUGAUGAUCUUAGUUACUUGUCACUAGUUUUAAAGACUGAAAUACAGGGUGGGGCGAUGAAGGAAAUAAUCGACUCCUUAGAAUUCUCAGAGUCAAAAUUCUAUCAACGCUUUAUACCCAAAACAAUUUCUCUAACGAAUAUUCCAUUUGCAGCAAAAAGUUUUCAUUCACCGACACUAUCCGUAAUUGUUCUUGAGGAUUUAAAAGAAAAGGGGUUUAUUAUGGGAGACAAAAUUAAUGGUCUGGAUUUUGAACACUGCCGCCUGUAUGUGGCUGCUGCGGCCAAUCUCCACGCGGCAUCACUCGCCGUUCUGGAAGAAGAUCCGAAACUAAUUAAUAUAGUUGGGAAAGAGAAAUUAUUUGUUUAUAAUCAACCAAUAACACAAGGGAUGCAAUCAAUGCUUUCAUGUGCGUUCAGAUGUUUGACUGAAUAUACUGAAACUUCGGAUAUAUUCAACAAGUAUACCGACCUUAUCAGGGAUUGCAGUACCACCAUACUUGAUGCUGUAGUAGAAGCGGUGAAACCCAGAAGAGACGAGUUUAACGCUAUGAACCACGGAGAUGCUUGGACCAAUAACAUGAUGUUUAGAUAUAGCGAUAAAGGAUCACCGUGUGAAGUGAGACUGUUAGACUUUCAACUGACAAGAUAUGCAUCUCCUGUCUCUGAUAUUGUUUACUUCAUUUGGACAAGUGCUAAUGAUGAUGUUAGAACUCGCAGAAUCAAUGAACUGUAUGAGCUCUAUGUUGAAGAACUCAACAAGAACCUAAAGCAUAUCAAUCGUUCUGAAAGCUUGUCUCAUGAAGAAGUAAAAGUUGUGGUAAGAAGACUUCUCCCUUUGGGCUUAUUCAUGGCGGUUACCAUGCAAAUAUUCAUUGGUGAGAAGACUCCGGAAAAUGUAGAAGCUUUUUUUGACAAAGGUCGGGAAGAAGAGUGUUACCAAAUUUAUAAAACGGCUUUCAGUAAUGAGAAAUUUCGUCUAAACCGACUCCCGAAAUUAAUUCAACAACUAGAGUUAGCAGGAGUGUUUGAAUACUUACAAAGUGCAAAGAAAACCUUCAGCAAAAAUGACUCUUGAAAACAGUCUGAAAUAAAAAUUCUUCAUUUCGGUUAAUAAAUUAUUCUAACAGCAGACAAAUUCACCUGUUUAAACACUGAAUAUGACCACGUUUGAAAUAGUAUUCUUUGCUUUGCUCUGUGUGGUUUAUAUUGAUAUUGAGCUUUUGUAAAUAUGUCUUUAUUAAAAAUACAAUUUGUUGAUAGUA